AACGGUAAAAUAAAAAAAAUUUCAGUCAAUACGCGCCGCUAGGGUUUCUGCAAAACCGUAAACCUGUAAUAAAAGCUUCCGAAUUUUUCGAUUUUUUUUCAAACAUUCGAGAAAAAAAUUAAUCCAUUUUUAUUUUCCCUAGGAACGAACAGGAAAAAGAAAAAGAAAAUUUGAUAAUGUCUGUUGUGGAAGAGAAACCAGUGGUUCUGAAUGAAGAAAAAGAAGAGGAAGAAGAAGAGGAAGAGGAAGAAGAAGAGCUGACGUGGUCAUCGGACUCGGAGGUUGAAGAAGCAUUGGACUGGUUGGACUCAAAGGACGAUGGAGAACGCAUUGAAGGGACGAUUACAAUGCUCAAUCCUCGGCGUCCCAAUGCGCAUGGUGGCGUUCACUCUCGCAUCAAUACGUCGACGCUUCAGCCUCUCUCGAAUCGAAACCAGAAGUUCGCCCAUCAUAUUCGAGCUUCGCCUUUGGAGGAGUGGGAGGGAAGAUGUGUUGGCAUGUCAAACUCUGUGACAACUGCAAUCCGUGGAAGUGUUCGGGAGAUGGCUAUUGGUAAAACUAGAACUACUGAGAAAUCAGAUCGUGCGACUGUUGAGCAGGCCAUUGAUCCUAGAACUCGCAUGGUCUUGUUCAAGAUGCUGAAUAGAGGUGUAUUUCAUGAUAUUAAUGGCUGCAUUUCAACUGGAAAAGAAGCAAAUGUUUAUCAUGCAAUCAAAGCUGAUAGUCAGGAGUUGGCAAUCAAAGUAUACAAAACUUCUAUUCUGGUGUUUAAGGACAGAGAUCGUUAUGUACAAGGUGACUACCGUUUCAGACAUGGAUACUGCAGGCGUAAUCCCAGGAAAAUGGUAAAAACAUGGGCCGAGAAAGAGAUGAGGAACCUUAUGAGGCUAAAGGCAGCAGGAAUUAGAUGCCCAACUCCAAUUCUUUUGAGACUUCAUGUUCUGGUCAUGGAAUUCAUAGGAAAAGCAGGUUGGGCUGCACCUCGUCUUAAGGAUGCUGCUUUAUCUCUUGACAAGUUACGUGAAGGUUAUGUGGAGGUGAUUAUUGCAAUGCGAACAUUAUAUCAGAAGUGCAAACUGGUUCAUGGGGACCUCAGCGAAUAUAACAUACUCUAUUUUGAGGGUCACUUGUAUAUCAUUGAUGUUUCUCAAUCAGUUGAUCUUGACCACCCCCGUGCCAUUGAAUUCCUAAUUGAAGAUUGUGAUCAUGUUUCUGAUUUCUUUGAAAAACAUGGUGUAGCUGUUAUGACGAUUCGAGAACUUUUUGAUUUUAUAGUUGAUCCUACUAUUGCUGAUGAAGCUGUGGACAGUUAUCUGGAAGAGUUGGAACAAAAAAUUUUGGCUAGAGGAGGCAGAUCUGUGGAGGAUAAAAGGGCCGACUCUGAGUUUAAGCAGUCGCACAUUCCAAAGAGGCUAGACGAUGUAAAGAAUGCUGAGGAGGAUGCUUUCCGGAUUACCAGUGGCCAGGACACUGAAGAUAUAAAUUAUAAGACCAUAACAGGACUUAAGGCUGUUUUAAAAGCUCAACCUUCUCCGGCAGAACAAGAAGCAGACCCUAUUGAAGAGUCCUCUGUUAAUACCACCGGUCAGAUUAAUGCUCUUGAGAGUGUAACAGAGUCUCAAACGGUCGAAGAUGAAGAGAACUCAAGUGAUUCAGAAGGGACUUUUUCAUCUGAAACCGAUUCAGAGACCCCUGCAGAUAAGAAAGCUGCUAGAAAAGAGAACAAAAAGAAAGUUAAAGAGGAGAAGAGGGAGGCUCGGAAAACUAAAGUGCCCAAGGCAGUAAAGAAAAGAAAGAAGAAGUUGGCCAAAUCUCACAAGACUAGAUAGUUGCUUGUAGUUGCUAUUAUGUGGCUGGCCUACAUAUGAAGGCAGACAAGUUAAUAUAUUAGAUAAUUUUGUAAACCGUUUUUCAUUUUGAUUUUUGUGGGGGAAGUAGCAAUUUUGGUAUUGAGCAAUAACUUCUUUUUACCUUAACUUGGUCAGGAAGUAAAGUUUUGCAAUUUGUAUACAUAUGGUACGUGGUUACUGAGAAGGGAAGAAUAAACCUUAAUUUA